GCAAAGCAUGGCCCCGCAGCCGACGUGCGCACCCAGCGACGACGAGACCAUCCGUGCGGCGUUUGCUGCUUUUGACGCCGACGGGAGCGGUUCGAUUGACGCGUCUGAGCUCCUCGAGCUUGUCGAGAGCCUUGGUGGGAUCCUGUCGCCCGACGAAUUUCAAGCCGCUUUGAAGCUACUGGACAAAGACGGCAACGGCGUCAUCUCUUACGACGAGUUUGCAGCGUGGUGGCAGCAGGCGGGUGAUGAUCUGGACGGCGACGGCGCGACGGGCGAGCUCGAGAAGGCGCUGAGUCGGCUCAAGGAGCUUGGGCAGCAGCGCUACCAUGUGGACAUCCACACGGCGUGUUGGAAAGGCGACGUCGCGGUCGUCGAGCGGCUCUUGGAGCACGACGUUGUCAAUGACCGCGAUGCGACCGAGUUUGGCGACAUGAAUACGCCGCUGCACUAUGCCGCGUACCAAGGGCAUCUCACGCUUUGCCGUCUCUUGAUCGAGAAGAAGGCCAAAAUCAAUACGACCAACGCAGUAGGGUGCACUGCACUCUUCUUUGCAUCUCAGCAAGAACACACGUCUGUUGUCAAAUACCUUCUCGAGCAAGGCGCAGACGCCAAGCUGCGCGAAUCCGAGCAUCUGCUGAGUGCCGUCGACGUGACGUCGUCCAUGGCGGUUCUCGAUACGUUUCGAGCCAUCGCUGGCGACAAGCCGUCGCCGCCACCACGCGUCGACGCAAAGCUCAUCACUGCCACGUCCAUCACGAUUACGUGGACGGCCGCAAGUGCCAAGCUUAACGAGUCGCUGCCGCUUUCCGGCUUCAAGAUCAAAGCGACGGCGCCUGGCAAGAAGACGUGCUUGCAACUCGCGGGGACAAAUCCGCUCCAAGCGACCUUGGUCAAGCUCACACCCGAAACGACGUACUCGAUUCAAGUCGCUGCCGUGAGCCUCCACGGGGCGAGCGAGUACGGACCUCCUCUGCUCGAGACGACGCUGGCAGGACCUGCCGUAGCACCAGGACGGGCGACGCCUCGUGGCAACACUGCAACAAUACGCAAUCAAAGUACGAUACGACCCGAGGCAAGCGUCCCCAAGCCGAUCGUCGACCCCAGCGACGUGACGACAGAUCCUUCUUGCGACGAGAUACCACGAGACGAAGCUUACGGCAUGUAGAGACGCCAAGAUGACACUAAGGACACCGGUUUGUACGACCGAGAGUUGACCACGAGGUCGUCGCUCGUCUUUACUCUAUGUCACCAGUGAUGUACUACUGACUGCAUGCCCCACUGUAUAAUCUGACGGCCGUGCGAAGGCCCGCGAAUGUGUCG